AUGGGAUGCACGCUGAACCUGGAGACUGUGAAAGGCAUUCUGAAGAAACCAGUCGCUCCUUUGCUGGGGUUUUGCUCUCAGUACCUGAUGAUGCCUCUGCUGGCUUUUGCAGUCUCUCAGAUCACUCAGGUGGAACCCGCGUUUGGACUGGGCCUUCUGACCAUAGGCUGUAGUCCCGGGGGUGGGGGCAGUAACGUCUGGGCCGUCAUGUUAGGCGGGGAACUGGAGCUCAGCAUCACUAUGACGUUUCUGAGCACUUGUCUGGCUUUAGGCAUGAUGCCACUGUGGCUAUUCCUCCUGGGACGUUUCUUCAUCGAUGAAAGUAAGAUUAAGAUCCCAUAUGACAGAGUGGCUACCACUAUAGCCGUCAUAGUGGGACCCGUCACCUUGGGGUUGCUUCUACAUCUAAAGAAACCCAAGCUGGCCAUGAAAUUAAAACGUCUUAUUCGUCCACUAGCGUUAAUUUUUCUGAUAUACAUUAACUCUUUCGGGCUGUACGUCAACUGGUUUGUAUGGGGUUUGCUGGCAGACCAACCUUAUCUACUGGCAGUCGGAAUCAUCACACCUUGGUGCGGAUACAUAUUUGGGUUCAUCCUCGCAAAAAUAUUCAGACAGUCCAAAAGACGCGCCAUAACAAUCGCCUUGGAAACCGGGAUCCAAAACAUCGGCAUACCAAUGCUCAUUCUGCGGUUCUCGCUUCCUCAGCCUGAUGGAGACUUGGGGUCCCUGAUGCCUUAUCUUCAGAAUUUGUCUCAGUCGCUGCCGCUGUAUCUUAUUCUGAUCGCGUUAACCAUUAAACGUAGGUGCUGUGAUAAAAGGGACGACGAGGCGAGUGAGUGCGAGUUAAAAGAUAUUAGCGAAGUUGACAACAGUGUGUGCAACUCAGCGUUUGAAAAGCACGAGAAUGGAGUUGUUGUAGACGCCGAAAUGUUUGAGAAGGAAAAAGACGAAAAAUAG